CAAGAUGACAGAAGGAAAAUGCACGUUUGGCACGCGGAUGCCAAUAGACAUCCACAUGCUGAACGAGAUCAUCUACCGGGAGGUGAAGAACUUCAGGAACUACAAGAUAUACAGACCGAAUUUUGGAUCAAUACCCGUGACUGGUAAGUUCUACGCCGCUCACGACCAGCUAGAGGCGCAGUCUGAGGAGGAGACGAAGAAAGCAGAAGAUUACCACAGGAACGUGGCACAGACCAGGGCCAAGGGACCUCGCAGUAAAUACAGCAGCCCAGCUACUGAGAAUCAAUCUUACGGGUGGUACACCCAGCCACUAGUACCAAUGAACCGCAAUGACCGUCGGUUCUACCAUCCACAGAAGGAGAGCAAACACACCAAGAUUGAAGUCAUCAUACUCAUGUCCAAUCCCAAAAAUAAAAAGGAUCAUUAGGCAAAUAAUACAUGAACGUGAACUACUGGGAGAGUCAUGCUUCAGCUCGAAUGGGCCGGCUCGACCGGAGUGAUACCACGGCCUCACAGAAAACCGACGUGAAACAACGCUUGCGUUGUGUUUCGUUGUGUGAUUGAGUCUACUGGAGGCCCAUUUAUCUCCCUUCCCAAUCUCUGAUUCCCCUACAACCCUUAAAUGCUUAAUCCCCAAAAGGCCUGCAACGUACUUGUAUCGCCUCUGGUGUUUUGAGUGUCCAUGGGCGGCGGCCAUUGCUUACCAUCAGAGGAUCGGUCUGUUCGUUUACCAUAAAAAAGAGAACUACACUACAUUAUUUGUUGCAAAAACUGUAUGGACUCUGGUCAUUUUUUAAAAGAGCGAUGCUUCUAUUGUGCCAAUUUGCCCGGAAUGGACCCAGCGCCUCACACAAAACUGACGCCAAACGACACUAACGCCGGAGACCCCAAAGGCAGAACUACAAACUUAAUACAGCAGUUCAUAGAAUUUUCCAUGAGUAUUGCCAACUGCUAUGCUUCAAAAUGU